GCGGGCGUUGAGUUUGAGUGCGAAGUGCGGUGCGCGUCGAGUCAGCGAGCGUUGAGCAGCAGCAGCAGCAGCAGCAGCAACAACACGACGCAACAGCAACAUCAGCCGCAACAGAAGCAGCAACAGAAGCAGCAACGUGCAACUUGCAACAGCAACACAAGCGAGCGGUUUCGGUGCGCGUUUUCGAGUGGCGUGCCAAAAAAAAAACAAAAAUUUCACAAAUAAUCCCUUUCAAAAAAACCGUCGGUGAAACACAGAAAGCCCACAAAAUGCCGCCUGUUGUUCACUGAGAAAAAAAAAAUAGCCAAACACAUCAAUUGCAUUGCUGGCGCUUGAAGAUUUUUGGAAGCGUGGCAUGGCAACCAGCACCUCACCCGGACCCACAAGGACAACUGCAGCCAUUAGAGUCUCCCUGCCAGGAGCAGCACCCGCAAUUCCCGCUACCGCCACCGCCGGCUCUCAAUCCCCCGGCGCCAUCAUGCCCAUGGCCGCCGUGCCGUUGCCGUCGCAUCUCCAACUGCUGGGCAGUUCCGCGGGAGGCGUCGGUCAGCCGGCGGCAAUCACGCCCGUUUCGCCCACGGCUGCUACCACAGUUCUCGCCCAACCGCACAGUUUGAGCCCCUCCACGCCCAUCCUCACCCAAGGAGCACCCCCUGCUGCGGCGUUGGGCGGCAUCUUCUGCGGAGGCAGUGCAGCAGCGGGACCAGGAGCAGCAGCGGCGGCGGCCACGAAUCUCAACGCCCUGGCCUCGCAGCAUCGACUACUGGAGUUGUCCCGCUUCGGACUGCGUGGAUAUGAUCUGGCGCAGCAUAUGCUAUCCCAACAAGGAGCCGUAUCCAAGUUGCUGGGCACCCUGCGACCACCUGGCCUAAUUGGCGGCUCCAAGCCGAAGGUGGCCACCCCGACUGUCGUCUCCAAGAUCGAGCAGUACAAGCGCGAGAAUCCGACGAUCUUUGCAUGGGAAAUCCGCGAGCGACUGAUCACCGAAGGUGUCUGCACCAAUGCCACUGCUCCUUCGGUGAGCAGCAUCAAUCGCAUAUUGCGUAAUCGAGCGGCGGAAAGGGCAGCUGCGGAAUUUGCUCGGGCGGCGAGUUACGGCUAUGCCAUCCAUCCCACACAUCCGCAUCCGUACACCAGUUUCCCCACUUGGCCGGCGCAUCAUCCGCUGUGGGGAGCCGUGCCCCUGGCCACGCCACCUGGUGGCGGCCCUGCUGGAGCCGGUGGUGCACUGCAGCCGGGCGGCAGUGGCAGCAGCUAUGGCAGUGAUGGCAACAUGAGCUCAAAUCCCAAUAGCAGCAACAGCAACACCACCCACAGCAAUGGCCACAAUACCAACAGCGGCAGUGGAUGCGGGGAUAGUAGUGCCGGAAGUGGACGCCUCUCCCUGCCGGCACUUUCGCCGGAUUCCGGAAGUAGGGACAGCCGCUCCCCAGACGCAGAUGCCAAUCGGAUGAUAGAUAUCGAAGGCGAGGACAGCGAGUCGCAGGACAGUGACCAGCCGAAGUUCCGGCGCAAUCGCACCACCUUCAGUCCGGAGCAGCUGGAUGAGCUGGAGAAGGAGUUCGACAAGUCGCACUAUCCCUGCGUGAAUACCCGCGAGAAACUGGCCGCCCGGACGGCACUGAGCGAGGCCAGGGUGCAGGUUUGGUUUUCCAACAGACGAGCGAAAUGGCGGCGCCACCAGCGGGUCAACUUGAUCAAGCAGCGCGACUCGCCCUCGACAUCGAGCUCACCCACGCCGUUGGUCAAUCCGGUGGUCAGUCCGGUCAGUCCAAUCCCAGUUCCAGUUCCAGUUGCAGUUCCAGAAUCUGGCCAACAGAAGCAGCCAUAUCCGUACAGCACCAGCAACAUGUGCAACACCAGCAGCAGCAGCAGCAACAGUCAACCGUGCAACACCAUCAAUCCCGGCAGCAAAAUGAGCAGCAAAACCAGCAGCGUCAGCAGCAACCAGCACAUGGAAGAGCCAGCAGCGGCGGUGGCCACUGCCUCACCCACAGCAUCAGCUCCAUUAUCAAUGGGCGGUGAGAACAGUGCAUUUCGCGCUCUGCCCAUGACCUUGCCGAUGCCCAUGACCUUGCCCACGGCAUCGGCGGCGGCCUUCGCGCUCAGCUUCGCCCGCCAGUACAUAGCCAAGUACAUGGGCACGCCCCUCAAUCUGGGACAUGGUUCGUCACCAAUCCAGGCACAGUCUGGACGGGAUCAUCAGUCGGAGGAGCGAGAGUAUGAGGAUGAGCAGGAGGAGGAGGAGGUUAUCAAUGUGGAGCACGACGCCGAGUGACCAUUUCAUUCCUAUCGCUUUAAAUCGAGAAUUUAGUGCAAUUUUUACAUAAUUUAUUCAGUUUCUAUCACUGCAAACAAAACUUCUAACCGCGUGCUGAGUACAAAUAAAAUCGAAACGAU